AGUAAUGCCUGAGUGACGGCCAUUCCCGGGAAGACGGUGUAUGGUGACUCACGUACGUUCCCUUGCCACACAUGAGAUAAGAAAAAAGCUAGUUGUUAUCGUGGCACUGUGGUAGGAUGUGGUAAAAAUAGGGGACACUCGGUUAUAAUAGCAGUCUUCCUGGGUUAGUGUUUUGUGUAUGAACUCGUGAAAAAUAGUGACUCGCGUAUAAAUUGCCACGGAAAUAAGAAGAAACUAGAUAUAUAUUAGUGGUAGUGUGGUUAAAUAUAGUGAAAAUACAAGAUAAUUAAAGUUAAGUGGUUUGACUUGUACAGGAACUUGGGGACAGUGACUCACGUAUUACCUUGCCACGAAAAUAAGAAACUAGUUGUAUUAGUGGUAAAGUGGUAAACUAUAGUGAAGAAAACAGAAGACGAAGCUAAAGUUUUCCUGGGUUAAGUGUCUUGUUACAGGGACUCGAAUGCAGGCAGGACAACAAAGAUGGUGGACAGACUCGUGAACAGCGAGGCCAAUGCUCGCCGGAUCGCCAUGGUGGAGUCCUGCUUUGGCACGGCAGGACAGCCACUCAAUGAGCCGGGCCGCGUGCUGGUGGGGGAGGGCGUGCUCACCAAGAUGUGCCGCAAGAAACCCAAACCUCGCCAGUUCUUCCUCUUCAAUGACAUCCUCGUCUAUGGCAACAUCGUCCUUAAUAAGAAGAAGUACAACAAGCAGCACCUCAUACCCCUGGAGGAGGUUCAGCUCUCCUCCUUAGAAGAUGAUGGCCAGUUCCGCAAUGGCUGGCUCAUCAAAACACCCACCAAGUCCUUUGCCGUCUACGCUGCGACUGCCACGGAGAAGUCAGAAUGGAUGGCCCAUAUAAACAAGUGCGUCUCGGAUCUACUGAGGAAGAGUGGCAAGAAGGCAGCUGAGAACCAUGCAGCAGUGUGGGUGCCCGACAGUGACACCUCCAUCUGUAUGCAUUGCAAGAAGACUCAGUUCACCCUCAUCAACAGACGGCACCACUGUCGCAAGUGUGGCAAGGUGGUGUGUGGCCCGUGCUCCAACAGGAAGAUCGUUCUGCAGCACCAGUCCAGCAAGCCCCUGCGAGUGUGUCUUUCCUGCCAUGAUGAACUCUCCUCUGCACAGACCCAACCCAGCGGCCACCCUAAUAGUUUUGACACCAUGGAGGGCGAGGGCUCACAGUCUGAUGGGGAUAAGGACUCUGAUGAUCUCGACAUAGUCCUUCUCCGUGACCCCUAUGACCAUCCUGCCCCUGCUGCCUCGCCUGAUGGCCCUGCACCCCCGCCCCGCCGCACUAGCCGAGGUCAAAGCCCCACAGAACCACAGAAGCAGACCACUGAGAAAGAGAAAAAGGAGGCAUCUGACCUGAUUGACCUGAGUGGCGGUCUGUUUGGGGAAGCCACAGGGGAGGGGGAUGAGGAUGCUCCACCCCCAACCCUCUGGUGGGAUGAUAUUGACUUGAAGGAACCAGCUGAAGGCAAUGGUGGUGAUGGUGAUGAGGAUGAUGAUGAUGAUGGUGGUAAUAAUGAGGAAGAAGGUAUGAAGGAGCGCGCCAACGACUCCUCGGGUGACGACGACUCAGAUGAGGACACUGAUGACCCCUCCCUGCAGAGCCCCCAGUCAGUCACGGAGACCAUGACCUUUUACGAGGGGGGAGAGGCCAGCAAUGGGGAGACACAGGCCGCCUUAGAUGUCUCCACUGCCAGUGCCACCUCGUCCUCAGAGAAGAUGGACUCUCCAGCCGCCACCUCCAUCGAUUCCACUCCAUUUACCACUCCCACUGACUCCACUCCAACUGCCAUCAGUGACACGCCAGCAUCACCCAUGGAGCAGUAGGCCAGUAAUCUGAUGUAACCAGUUUGUAACACUUGUUUUUCCAGGCCUUCAUUGUCACCAUUUUUCUGGAAGGUACCAUGAAAUCAAGACCUCCUCCUCCUCCCAUAUUUUACAAGAAUUUUUGGAAGGGUGAAUAUCCAGUCCAUGGAAGUUUCCUGGCAAAGUGUGAUGGUGGUGGUGAGGGCAAGUGACAUCAGUCCAUGGCUAGCUACCCACUAAGGAGACUGGUUCAUCCUCCCCCUCGGCAAGUACCCCACGGCCCAACUUGAGUUCGGUGAUGGCGCGGGUUUGUGAUAUAAACUUUCCGUCACGUGUAUGUUGAUGGCUGCUUGCUGCCGUUGCCGUGUUGUUCCUGCCACUCGUAGCCUUCCUGAGUAACUUAGUAGUGCCUGCGAGGCUGCCUAAUCAAGUCCUGAGUCACCAGCCACUUGUGUCCAUUUGCAUCAGCAGGGCUUUUUUUAUUUUUUUUUUUAAUUGCAGACAUUUUUAUUUGAAAGUUUAAGGUAUUUUAGUGAGUGGAAGAAGUAUUGUGAUAGAGGUGUUUUAAUGCAUGAGUGGAGGUGGUGGUGUGAUAGCAUGUUUACCUCAACAAAACUCACUCUGGCCCUGAUAACAAAUGGAGAAUGGCUAGCAAAGAAUUAGGAGUAAAGAAUCAGGGGUGUUAAUCUUCCACAGUUGCCUUUUUGCUAGUGCAGGGUUUGGGUUUAGUUUUACCCUAAAACUAUUGGUGUUUAUUUCAUGAUCUGAACGUCUGAAGUAAGAGUUAGUUGGCUAAAGCACCGUUGUAUUUGUUUGUAGGCCGUGGAGCUAUGGGGCAAAGUGGAUGCGUUCUCAGUGUUUUGUUUCACUUUUUUUCUUUUCGUCAUCUGUUAUUUCCUGUCCCACAUGCUCACCAUAAUUCUAUGCUUAAUUUUAUAGUGGUUCUGUUUCCAUUGUCUGUUCGAGUAUUUGUAUGUGAUUGUUUGAUUUAGAAGUAUAGUGAUUAUUUUACAUAGGGAGUUUAUCAUAUGUAGGGAUUAGGAAAUACAUUUUACUGUAGGGUGUGUGUAUGCACAGUGGAUGGAAAUUGGAGUGGAAUUAAGGGUUACAGUUAAGCCAUCUUGUAUCAGCUAGUGCCUAAAUAUUAGAGAAAGACACACACACACACACACACACACACAUUAAUACAGUAGAACAAAUAUCCUUAGUUUUGCACCCAUGGUUAUCACAAAGAAUUCUGGUGCACCUUGAUUUAUGAGAUACCCACACAAUGCCACUCCACUCGUCCUGCCUUUAUAGGAUAUCAUACAAACAGGGAACUGGCCUUCAUAGAUGGGGUGACCCUUUCCUCCCUUAGUAUAGAAAUCUUUUAGUGCCUGAACUCAGGGAGGCCCUCAAGCUUGAUCCAUGAGUUUGUGUAUAUGGUGGACAUCGUGUACACACUAUCACUGGCUGUUAUGGCCUUGCAGUGAUGGGUUUUCAUGGCAUUGUGUGAACAGCAAGCCCUUGAAUAGUUUAUAGUCAGGGAAAUGAAAAGGAAAAUUAUAAAUCAAAACAGCCCUUAAAAUCAUAGAUCCCAUGAUUAAUAAUUUUUCUCAGGGUAAUUUUUUUUAUAUUCAUGGAUAGGUGGAUUUGCAUUCAUCAGGGACUGACUGUAUUUUCAUUACUAAAACAUAUUACUUCCUUGCACAGCCUUGCAUCACUGGCAUGCAAUUGUACAAAAGAACACUGCAAACAAACUAGGUUGAAGUUAGCCUGGUGUGCUGUGCUAUACAUUAGGCAUCUAUUCCCUUCACUAUGUAGAUUGGUAAGGGCGACAAGGAAGAACUUCUCAGCAACCAUGUUUUCCUUUUCACUCUGGCUGGAACCUUUGUACUCUCUCCCUCUUGUUGUUGCCAAUUAAGAACCUUCAUUCUAAUUCAGCAGCUGAUUUCCAAGCAGUCAGCCCCUCAGGUCAGCCCAUAAGAUAUCUAAGGGGACUGGACCCCUGACUGUUGAAUUUUCACAAAUUUACUGUCUGUCCAAGAUGAAUCAGUUGAGUGUGAACUUUUUAUUAGGGUAUUUUACUAUUAACAUUGGUGUAUUAGGCAAUAUCUAAUCAAAUUUUGGCACAUAGGAUGUGAGCUCCUUAUUCAGCAGGCAUAAUGCUUUGCUCUGAUUGACUUUAUAUUAAUCUCUGCAGCUUUACUGUGCCUCAAAGUCAGUGAUUUAUGGAAAGUUUACAUCCAGUCAAAGGGUUGUGGGGUUAGUUAUAUUGAAUAAUUCAUGUUCAGAGAUUCUAAAAAUAAGAUAUAUUAAUGACAUACAAAGAAAGUCCACUUUUUUGGUUUCCCGAUUGCUUAAGUUUCCCCAUGACAUUUAACAAGAAUGCUGUAGAUUAUUUGUAUAUUAGGUGAUAUUUUUCCUAGGAAACUGAAUGGGGUUCCGAAGUCAGUUGCUGUCUACUGGCUUAGAUUAGAGGUGUUUUGGGACUGCCAGAUGACUUUGUGAUAUAUAUUAAUGUAACACUACUGCACUAUUCAACCAGAAAACAUAGCACUGCCCUUGGCCCCAUCACCUAAGUGCCAUCUCCAGUGAUGUUAGUUCAUCCCUUACCUAAAACUGAAGAUAAAACUGACAAAGCAAUUUACCUUCCCUCACAUCACCGGGAAUACCUGCUUGAGUGAUGGACCAAAUAUUCCCAGGCAGUUUGGUAUGUUCUAGCAGUGAGGUGGCUGCAGACACGUCACUGAGCCCUCCAGAGUCCGUGCCUUGACCUUUAGUCUACGAUACACAUUAACCGUAUACCAGCAGCAAGUCAGGAACCAGGGGUGUUGGGGCAUUAGGCAAAGAACAGAACUAAGUCGUAACUUAGGGAUUAAAAUGUAGGUUUUCCUGACCUUUAAGGAAAAGUAAUUGUAACUAUUAUGAGUCCAAAUGUUAUUAAUAGCUACAAUACAAAAAUAAUCUCCAAUUUACAGAAUAUUUGCACCCAUAUAUACAUUUCAAAGUAUUUAAAGUAUUAACAAGGAAAUGGAAGCAUGUAAACUUAAAUUAGCUUAAUUGACUAGAGUGUAAAGUUAAGCACCACCACAGAAAACCAGUUACUUUUAUGUAUUAACAACUUUCCUCCAAAAUAUUUAUAGGAGUAAAGAAAGGAGUACCAAGUGGUCUGUCUGGAAUGCAUACUGGCUAUAACUAAUCGAUGUUUUUCAAUACCACAGCAACAGCAAUAACACACUGCAUAUCUGAAAUGUCUGGUGGCUGUCAACAUGUAUACUUUCCAUGCUGUGCUGUUACUUUCCUUGUUUCCAGAGAUUUAUUUAUCUUUCGUGUUGUUGACUCAUAAAAAUAUCUUGUUUUAGACACAACUGUAAAAACAAAUGCUUUACUUUUAUCACUCUGCAUAUCAGGAGUCCAUUCCUGAUCUUUACCUCUAGAGCAAAGUGAUAGAAGGCAAGCAUCUGUUUGUAUUUCUUGUUAUUAUUAUGGGUUUCAGAGGCCUUGUUAUAAAGUUUUUUGGAAUAACGUUUUAAGAAAGCAUCAGAUAAGGAUAAUUUGGCAAAGUAUAUUUCAGACCUUGCCCUAUUUUUGUCACUAUUAUAUAUUAGCAAUAUGUCAAUGAUUAAGGUACUCAUAAGAUUAACGUAAUGAUAAAACUCAACAGAUGAAGUACUUCCUUUUGUAAGGCUAGCAAACAUUGCUGUGGAGACAGCAGUGUGUGCCUGUGCUGAAAGCCCAACAUAUUAUACUGUUUCCAGCCUGAAUGCCCAAGCUCUCCAACUGUGAACACAGCAGGAGAGGUGUGGGGGGCCCUUGGAGGGCAGGCUGAUUCAGUGCCUGGAGAGGUAAAUCAAGGUUCCCUUUACUGUUUUGGUAAUGGAAAUGAGAAAAUAAUAAGAUUAAAAGAUAAAACUGAUGUGGCAAGGCACUGGGCUUGGUGCUACCACAAAGUGAAUGAAUCGUGCACCACCCAUGUAGAUGCACAACACCGUCUCCUUGGCAACAUUUACUAGCCUUGCUACAGGAAGUACUCCAUUUGCUGAGUUUUAUCAUUAUGCUACUCCUCUAAGUGCCGUAAGUAUCCAUAUUGUGCUAAGAAAUCCUAGUGAUGAAAAUGGGGCAAGGUCUGAAAUGUGCUUAGCCAAAUUAUCAUCCUUAUCCAACACUUUUGAACAGUUCAAAAGUUAUUGCCGAAAAACUAUAAAAUAUGGACUCACUUUUAUAGUAACUUUAACUGUUCAGUGUCCAAGAGUAAAAUAACUGUUGAGUGUUCAAAAGU